CACGCACACCACGAGAGAGGCGAUCGUACUAAUUAUUUUUACAAGUAGCUUUUCGUCUCGAUAUAUUUUCUAAAUUCCGCUAAAAAGUAGGUUACAACGAAGAGUUGAAGACAAAAAAUGAUAAAACAUACAUCCCAUUGAGUUAACUCGCACGUCUGCUUUGGGUUCGAUCUACAGACUUCGACGCAAGUGGCAACGAUGCAUGAACGCAUGAUCAGCAGUCCAACCAGAGUAGCGUCCCUUACAUGUAGUUGCUCGGUAAGAAACAACACGAUGUUCAUAAGAGAAUGUUUGAAUCUGAAGAAUGAGAUGAUGCAGUCAAGAUUCUGCCUCCUGAAAAAAUUAUAUUGUGCUCUACAGGACAGAAGGGAACAUUGUUUAUCAAAAGAAACAUUUCAGCAACUACUGCUUGAGACACGUGUGUCAAAUGAAGACUCACCAUGCAGAGAGCAACUAGGGGACUUACAUGAUUCACAGGAACAGAAUCAGCACAUUACUGAUAUCUCUACCAUUGAAGGUAGUGAAAAUGUGGUCAGGCCUGACCUCACUGGCCAGCCUUGUAGACAGGAGACUCUGCUGAUGUUGUCGUGUGUGACGCUGGUGGUGGAGGCUGGACAGCGUUCAGGACAUCCAGGUGUCGGAAGGUGUCCUGGGGCAGGGUGUUCUGAUGCUGGACUGUUUUCUGUACAGAAUGCAGGUGGAUCGGAUGCAGAUAGUCACUCCAAGAGAAGACUUUUACAUGUGAACAUAGCUGAGGAUUCAUUGAUGGAUGGUUUGAAGGAGAUCAAUAUUCUGUCAGUUUUGUUGAAGCUUUCACACAGUAGUGAUAGAUUCAUCAAGUAUGCUGCAUCCAAGGCCAUUCUUGCUGUGGUGAAAUGUCCAUUGUUUAAUAAAGCAAGGGAGCAUUUCCUAGAGGAGGUGAUGUCUGGGGUGAUCAACUCCAGCCAAGCGUCAGUCAGGAUAUCCAACAUGGAGUUACUGAAACACCUCAUGUCAAACAGACAUGGCCAGGAUCUCAAUACAUGGUGCCAUCAACAUCUGACAUCAUCUCACAUACUAAAAGCUGAAUAUGUUCAAACCAUCUUGAGAUACAAAGAGCAUCAGUCCAUUGAUGAACUCAACACAUUUCUGACAUUGUUACAGAAAAUUGUCAAAUUUGUAAAUAAAUUUGAAAAAGAAUUGAAAGAAAGUCAUUUAGAAUCAUUAUUAGAUUCAAAUCAAGAACAUCUGCUCCAGUUCCUGAUAAGAUCCUUGCAGUAUAUUAAUAAACCAGAGGGGAGAAUUGUGUGUAAAAAGACACUGGAUAUUUUCAACACAUUUCUCCCGUAUGGCAGCCAUCUUGCAGAGAGGAAGGUUAUCACAAGCUUUUACAGUGAGAUGUCUGAGAGACUGCUAUCUGAGGUGUGCUCGUCUGCCUUGACGUCUGCUCCCUACGUUCGUCAGUUUGUGUGUUUUGGAGGCAGCCAUGUUGAGGGUACACUGGCCGAAAUGCAGAAUGGAGAUCUGGCUCUUCUCAGGAAACUCAUUCUAGCUCUGCUUAAAUCCUGUGCCAUAAUAGUGAGAUUGACCCCACAAGUUCCUUCAUGCCAGCAGACGGUAUCCACCUGUCUGGACAGUGUGUCUGAGCUCAUGCAGAAGACAUUCGAUGCUGGAGACCUGCAGUGGCUCCCCCCUGGUGUUCGGGGACCAGGACGAUGCAUGGGUGGAGGUUCUGCUGUGUUUGUUGGACAUCUAUGUGAAUACAUUGAGAUUGAGCCCAGACUUGACUCUGUCACACAAAGUCAACCCUCAUCCCAUCUUCUUGGAGUUCAUGGAUUCCAAUGAUCACAUGGUCCUGGUUGACCUCUUGACCUCCCCUGAGACAUGUUUCCUGCUCUACUUCCUGCGGUACCUCAAGUGUCUUGUGUGUGAGUGGGACAAGUUUGUUACAGCAUGUCAUCUUAGAUUUUGUGUGUCCCAGAAUGAACCCAUGGAUCUUGAACUGAGUGGACAGACUGCUUCCAGAGUGUCAGACCACCCAGAACAAGAAGUGUGCGACAAUGUACCAGUUGAACAUUCACAGCUUAUAGAGGAUAGAUGCAAAUGUUUACAGAAGUCAGUAAAGACAGACCACCCAGAUGGUAGGGAUGGUGAAUGUAGGAGCUCAGAUAGCAGCCAGAUAUCUUCAGGAGCAAUGACAUCCCCUCACACACAGCCAUUUCCAACACAAUCAUCUACUCCACAACCAUUUCCUACACAAUCAUCUAAUCUACAGCCAUUUCCAACGCAAUCAUCUAAUCUACAGCCAUUUCCUAGACAAUCAUCUACCCCACAACCAUUUCCUACACCAUCAUCUACUCCACAACCAUUUCCUACACAAUCAUCCACUGCGCAACCAUUUCCUACACAAUCAACCACUCCACAACCAUUUCCUAUACAAUCAUCCACUGCACAACCUUCUCAAACACAAUCAACUACUCCACAACAAUCAUCAAAUCCACUAUCAUCUACUUCACAACCAUUUGCUACACAAUCUAAUCCUCAACCAGUUCCUACACAAUCAUCUAGUCCAAAACCUUCUCAAACACAAUCAUCCACUGCACAACAAUCACAGGCUAGAGGACACUGUAGUGGGUUGUCUUAUUUGGCAGCAUACUGUGAUGAUGAUGAUGAUGAUGGUGGCAGUGAUGGAGACAUACGUUCUUCUGCCACAACACUGACAGAUGGGGUUGUGCUGACCCCUGGAACAGUGCCGUCUACUGUCCAACUCAGUGCAAGGUCAUGUGACCUACAGUGUGUGGAGAGUGUGAUGAGUGAACUUAUCCGAGUUGGUCUAAGAAUUGAGAGACUGUCCAGUCAAGACCUGUUCCCCUACAACCCCGGGCCCCUGUUGUCCCUGCUUGAACAGUGUGAGCUUCUGUAUGACGGAAUGGAAACUGACAAACAUGUGCAGUAAUAUACAAGAAAUCAUCAACAUUGCCGUUUUGUAAUCU